UGACAUAAGAUUAGUAAACACAUGCGUGAGUGGUACGACUAAUCUAAGAGUAGUAGUGCUUGAGGUGUGGAAGCUCUCUCUCUCUACACCUUCUUCUUCAUAGAUGGAUCGUCUAAAAUCACUUAAGUAAUUAUCUGUAUAAUAAAAGAAAGGAAAUGAUGGCGUAGCAAUGCAUGCUAAGGGACAAGAAAGGCUUCGGGGGAGAGAUCACUUCUCUUCUACUCCAUCCUCUUUGUCUCUGCUGCUUCAAAUCUCUCAUCUACAUGAUCAGAUCAUUUAAGCGUGAUAGACUCUUUUUUUAUUUUUUUAUUAUUACUUAUAUUUUUUUUUGAAAAAGUAUUAAAGUAGUAAUAAAAAGCGGGGAGAGGAGAAGAUUGUCUCCUAGAGCGACUUGAAUCCUUGAGCUUUCAAACUCAUCUCCCGGAGCUUCCCUUUUCUCUUUACUCUCUCUCUCUCUCUCUCUCUCUCUCACUUUUCUCUGUUUUUUUUCUUGGUGUCUGUCUUAAUUCCACCAUUAAUGCUCUCUACCUUCCCUUUUACUCUUCCCCUGCUUUUGUGUUUUCUCUUUCUCUUUUCUAAACCCUUUCAAACUCUUCUUCCUCUUCUUUCUUUUUCUCCAAUAACAGUUUCUUGUGCUCAUGUUAAAACUGCAGCUCUUUUCCGGUAAAAAGAAAAGCUUUUUGGUCAGUUUAGUUAUCCUCAAGCAUCAAAACCUUACUUGAGCUCUGCAUCAUCAUCCAUGGCCAUGGCCGACUAGCCUUCUUUCUUCGCUUUUUACCUCCUUAAUAUCUUUAAAAGCGAGAGGAAAUGUUCAACGGCGCCGUUUCACUACUCUUCCUCUUCCUUGCCGUCGUUUCAGCGAGGGCAGAUCCGACAUUCAACGACGACGUUUUGGGUCUCAUCGUUUUCAAGGCCGGACUCGACGACCCUCUCUCUAAGCUCUCUUCUUGGAACUCGGAAGACUACGAUCCCUGCAACUGGGUCGGUUGCACAUGCGACCCUGCCACCAAUCGGGUCUCGGAGCUCCGCCUUGACGCCUUCUCUCUCUCCGGUCACAUCGGCCGUGGCCUUCUCCGUCUCCAGUUCCUCCACACCUUGGUCCUCUCCAACAACAACCUCACCGGAACCCUAAACCCCGAGUUCCCUCACCUCGGCAGCCUCCAAGUCGUCGAUUUCAGUGGCAAUAAUCUCUCGGGUCGGAUCCCAGACGGGUUCUUCGAGCAAUGCGGGUCCUUGAGGUCCGUUUCCUUGGCUAACAACAAACUCACAGGUUCUAUUCCUGUCUCCCUCAGCUACUGUUCUACUCUCACCCAUCUUAACCUCUCAAGCAAUCAACUCUCUGGGAGGUUGCCCCGAGAUAUCUGGUUCCUCAAGAGCUUAAAGUCCCUUGAUUUCUCUCACAAUUUCCUCCAAGGAGAUAUCCCCGAUGGCCUCGGCGGUCUCUACGAUCUCCGUCAUAUCAACUUAUCCAGGAACUGGUUUUCCGGUGACGUUCCUUCCGACAUCGGACGAUGCUCUUCCCUUAAAUCGCUUGACUUGAGUGAGAACUACUUCUCCGGGAAUCUUCCGGAUUCGAUGAAAAGCCUGGGCUCUUGCAGCUCCAUCCGUCUGCGAGGAAACUCUCUGAUCGGAGAAAUCCCUGAUUGGAUCGGCGACAUUGCCACUCUCGAGAUUCUUGAUCUCUCCGCCAACAACUUCACCGGCACUGUCCCAUUCUCCCUCGGAAAUCUCGAGUUUUUGAAGGAUCUCAAUCUAUCCGCAAACAUGCUCGCUGGAGAGCUCCCACAGACUCUCUCCAACUGCUCCAACCUAAUCUCCAUUGAUGUCAGCAAGAAUUCAUUCACCGGAGAUGUGCUUAAGUGGAUGUUCACCGGAAACUCUGAAAGUUCCUCGCUUUCCAGAUUUAGCCUCCACAAAAGAUCAGGGAACGACACCAUUAUGCCCAUCGUUGGAUUCCUCCAAGGUCUCCGGGUCCUCGAUCUGUCUUCAAACGGCUUCACCGGUGAAUUACCGUCUAACAUUUGGAUUCUCACAAGUUUGUUGCAGCUCAAUAUGUCCACCAACUCUCUCUUCGGUUCCAUACCCACCGGCAUUGGAGGAUUGAAAGUCGCUGAGAUUCUUGAUCUUAGUAGUAAUCUUCUCAACGGAACCCUUCCUUCUGAGAUCGGAGGAGCCGUCUCCCUGAAACAACUUCAUCUCCACAGAAACCGCCUCUCCGGCCAGAUUCCGGCAAAGAUCUCUAACUGUUCGGCUUUAAACACAAUAAAUCUAUCGGAGAAUGAACUAUCCGGUGCGAUUCCGGGGAGCAUUGGCAGUCUGAGCAACCUUGAGUACAUUGAUCUGUCGAGAAACAAUCUCUCGGGAAGUCUUCCCAAAGAAAUAGAGAAACUUUCGCAUCUCUUGACCUUUAACAUCUCCCACAACAACAUCACAGGGGAGCUGCCAGCUGGAGGUUUCUUCAACACCAUCCCUCUCUCUGCUGUCACCGGAAACCCAUCCCUUUGUGGCUCCGUCGUUAACCGCUCAUGUCUCUCUGUCCACCCCAAACCAAUCGUCCUCAACCCCAACUCCUCCAAUCCAACAAAUGGUCCUGCUCUCACAGGGCAGAUCAGGAAGAGCGUUCUGAGCAUAUCUGCGCUCAUUGCCAUUGGCGCAGCUGCCGUCAUUGCCAUCGGGGUGGUGGCUGUAACUCUGCUCAACGUGCACGCCCGAUCUAGUGUUUCACGUCACGAUGCAGCUGCUGCUCUCGCUCUGUCGGUUGGAGAGACGUUCAGCUGUUCGCCAAGUAAAGAUCAAGAGUUUGGAAAGCUGGUCAUGUUCUCAGGGGAAGUGGACGUGUUUGACACCACUGGCGCUGAUGCGUUGCUCAACAAGGACAGCGAGCUGGGACGAGGCGGGUUCGGUGUGGUGUACAAAACGAGUCUUCAGGAUGGGCGUCCUGUGGCAGUUAAGAAACUGACAGUGUCGGGUCUAAUAAAGUCGCAGGAGGAGUUCGAGAGAGAGAUGAGAAAACUCGGGAAGCUGAGGCACAAGAAUGUGGUGGAGAUAAAAGGGUACUACUGGACGCAAUCGCUGCAGCUCUUGAUCCACGAGUUUGUUUCAGGCGGAAGCUUGUACAGACAUCUCCACGGAGAUGAGAGCGUUUGCCUAACUUGGCGUCAACGUUUCAGUAUCAUUCUAGGGAUAGCAAGAGGUCUGGCUUUUCUGCAUAGCAGUAACAUCACUCACUACAACAUGAAAGCAACGAAUGUGCUCAUUGACGCCGCAGGGGAGGCUAAAGUCUCUGACUUUGGGCUGGCCAGACUGUUGGCUUCGGCGCUGGACAGGUGCGUCUUGAGUGGCAAGGUACAGAGCGCGUUGGGGUACACAGCCCCGGAGUUUGCAUGCCGGACAGUCAAGAUAACCGACAGGUGCGAUGUUUACGGGUUUGGGAUCCUGGUGCUGGAGGUGGUGACAGGGAAGAGACCCGUGGAGUACGCUGAGGACGACGUCGUGGUCUUGUGUGAGACGGUGAGAGAAGGGUUAGAAGAAGGGAGGGUGGAGGAGUGCGUUGACCCUCGGUUGAGAGGGAAUUUUCCAGCGGAGGAGGCAAUACCGGUGAUUAAACUAGGGUUGGUGUGUGGGUCCCAAGUGCCGUCGAAUAGGCCGGAGAUGGAGGAAGUGGUGAAGAUAUUAGAGCUCAUACAAUGUCCCUCUCAUGACUUAGAGUGAUUAGUCAACUACAGAUGAAUCAAUCCUCCUUGUUUGUAUUUCUUCAUUCCUUGUUCAAUUUUCAUAUUAUCAUAAUAUAGUGUUCGUCUUUUCUAUAAAGAAGUUUUUCUCGUGAGUUCACAAUGUUGUUAAGUUGUGAAUCUUCACACUAGGUUUCACAAUGUUGAAGGUUGGUUCAUAAAGUAGAUCCAAAAGAUCAACUUCUGUUACACUAAAAAGAUUGUUGGUCAAAGAACUCCCAAUUAUACAUAUAACUACAAUGCAGCCUUUGUGUUAAGGUUUCUC